AUAAUAUCUUCAGUGGUUCGCAUAAAGCACUUUUCAAACAGGCUAUGCGGCAUUGGGAAAACUUUACUUGCAUUAAAUUUAUUGAACGCGAUCCAAAAGUGCAUCCCAAUUAUAUCUUUUUUACAAUUAAAAAUUGUGGCUGUUGUUCAUUUGUUGGCAAGCGUGGCAAUGGUCGGCAGGAUAUUUCAAUUGGGCGAAAUUGCGAACGAUUUGGAAUUGUAGUACACGAGCUGGGACAUGUGAUAGGAUUUUGGCAUGAACACACACGCACUGACCGCGACAAACAUAUUAUUAUUAACAAAGCUAAUAUAAUGAAAGGACAAGAGUACAAUUUCGAUGUAUUGUCGCCAGAGGAUGUUGAUUCACUUGGCUUGCCUUAUGAUUAUAAUUCAAUAAUGCACUACGCAAAGAAUACUUUUUCAAAGAGCGUCUAUUUGGACACAAUACAACCCAUCAGAGUCGCAGAUUUGGCACGCAUAGAAAUCGGUCAACGUGUACGUUUGAGCAAAGGCGAUAUAGCUCAAGCGAAUUUGUUGUAUAAAUGUGCGACGUGCGGACGAACCUAUCAAGAUAAUUCUGGGCAAAUAAUUGCUCCACAUUAUCAUAUUGUGGAUGAACGUGUGAGAGCGGGUGGUGGUAAUGAUGACAAUAUAAGCAAUGGACUUAGUAUUUACGAUGAAGGUAGUGGAGAUGACUAUGAAAAUAAUUUUGAUAAAUCAUUGGAACAAUGUGAGUGGCGCAUAACAGCGACGAAUGGAGAGCGCAUAGUUUUGCAGAUACAUCACCUAGAUUUAUUAAGUACCACAAAUUGUGAAACGGAUUAUUUAGAAGUACGUGACGGUUACUGGUAUAAAUCACCAGUACUUAAGAGAAUCUGUGGGAAUGUGACGUCGGAAACAAUUAAAAGUGACUCCAGUCGUAUGCUUAUUAGUUACGUUAAUCAUAAUGCCUUCAAAGGAUAUCGAGGAUUUACCGCUGAUUUUGAGGUAAUCUGUGGCGGCGAUGUAUACCUCGAUAAAGAAUCAGUUCGUAUUGAUUCGCCUAACUAUCCACUGGAAUAUUUCCCAGACAAGGAGUGCAUAUGGCGAAUAAGAGUUUCUGACAAUCAUCAAGUUGCACUUAAAUUUCAAUCAUUCGAAUUGGAAAAGCGUGAUAAUUGCAUUUAUGAUUACGUGGAAAUACGGGAUGGCAAUGAUUCGGAUGCAGAAUUAAUUGGUAUCUACUGUGGUUACACGUUACCGCCAAAUAUUAAGACCAAUUCAAAUCAAAUGUAUGUGAAAUUUGUGUCCGAUGGCUCAGUACAGAAGGUUGGUUUUUCGGCGCUGUUCAUGCAGGAAGUCGAUGAAUGUAAAUUUACUUAUCAUGGCUGUGAGCACGAAUGUAUCAAUACACUGGGGAGCUAUCAGUGCGGCUGCUUUGCCGGAUAUGAGCUACAAGCAGAUGGCAAAUCUUGUGAAGAUGCUUGCGGUGGUAUUGUCGAUGCAAGCACACCCAAUGGUACACUUUACUCGCCGUCAUACCCAGACGUUUAUCCAAUAUCUAAGGAGUGUAUUUGGGAGGUUGUGGCGCCCGCAAAUCAUGCAGUUUUUCUCAAUUUUACCCAUUUCGAUUUGGAAGGCUCAAAAUAUCAAUACUCAGAAUGCAACUACGAUUAUUUGGUGGCCUAUUCCAAAUUACAUGACAAUCGUUUAAAGAAAAUUGGUAUUUUUUGUGGCCAUGAAUUGCCGCCGAUACUCAACUCGGAACAGAAUAUUUUACGACUAGAAUUUUAUUCCGAUAAGUCAUUGCAACAUACAGGAUUUGAAGCAAAAAUUAGUAUUGAUUUGAAUGAGUGCAACAUAAAUAACGGAGGUUGUCAGCAUCAUUGCCGCAAUACAUUCGGGUCCUAUAUUUGCAGUUGCAGAAACGGCUACACCCUACAUGAAGAUCAUCACAACUGCACCGAAACAAAGUGCAAAUAUGAAAUAACGAAUUCGUAUGGAGUCAUACGUAGUCCAAACUAUCCACACAAUUAUUCGCGUAAUACCUAUUGCUUUUGGCAUUUUCACACCGUUUUAGGCCAUCGAGUUCAAUUGACUUUUCACGAUUUUGAAAUAGAAAACCAUCAGGAAUGUAUCUAUGACUAUGUUGCUAUACACGAUGGAAAGUCAGAGAAUAGUUCCACACUUGGCAUCUAUUGUGGGGGCAGAGAACCAUAUGCUGUACUAGCUUCUACCAAUGAUAUGUUUAUGGUGCUGCGCACUGAUGCAGGCUUACAGUUACGUGGUUUUAUGGCUACAUAUUCUACAGAAUGUGGAGGUUACUUACGUGCCAUAAAUCGCACUCAAAUAUUUUACUCUCAUCCGCGCUUCGAUAUUCGUCCUUAUAAACGAAAUAUGUACUGUAUCUGGCGCAUACAAGCUGAUCCUGAGAGCAGCGUUAAAAUAAAAUUUUUGCAAUUUGAUAUCGAAUACUCCGAUCGUUGUGAUUAUGAUUUCGUUGAGAUCACUGAAGAAUCGAGUUACGAAAGCAAUACAAACCAUGGACGAUAUUGCGGUAGAAAGAUGCCGCCAACAGUUAUUUCAUAUUCGGAUACGAUGCUCAUUCGAUUUCAAACAGAUGAAAGCACAUCACUUAAAGGAUUUGAAGUAUCAUUUUCGGCAGUUGAACCGCCUGAUGAUGACAUUGGUGAUGAUUUUGACACUGUCACGCCAUUCCCUGGUUACAUGAAGAACAAGUAUUAUAGUGCAGAUACUUCCAAUGAUUACGAGGAUUACAUGGAACGAAACCGCAAAGACUUCUUAUCAACAAAAUUGUUUUAGCUCAACUUUUUUUUUUACAAAAAAAGGGAUAUCGCUCUUGCCAAAUACUUGCUAUU